AUGGCCGCGUCCACCCUGUCCGUCUGCUCCAGCGACCUGAGCUAUGACAGCCGCGUCUGCCUGCCCGGAUCCUCGGACUCCUGCCCCGACUCCUCCUGGCAGGUGGACGACUGCCCAGAGAGCUGCUGCGAGCCCCCGUGCUGCGCCCCGGCCCCCUGCCUGACCCUCCUGUGCGGCCCCUCCUCCCCCUGCCAGGGAGACUGCUGCACCCCUGCGUGCUGCAAGCCCGUCUGCUGCACCCCUGUGUGCUGCAAGCCCGUGUGCUGCACCCCUGUGUGCUGUAAGCCCGUCUGCUGCACCCCUGUCUGCUGCAAGCCCGUCUGCUGCACCCCUGUGUGCUGCAAGCCCAUCUGCUGCACCACUGUCUGCUGUGAGGACUCCCCCUGUACAACCUCUUCAUGCUGCCAGCCGUCCUGUUGCACCUCCUCCCCCUGCCAGCAAGACUGCUGCAAGCCCGUCUGCUGCACCCCUGUGUGCUGCGAGGACUCCCCCUGCUCAGCCCCCUCCUGCUGCCAGCCCAGCCCCUGCUGCAGACCCUCCUCCUGCGUGUCCUUGCUCUGCCGCCCCGUGUGCAAGCCCGUCUGCUGCACCCCUGUCUGCUGCAAGCUCUUCUCCUGCACCCCUGUGUGCUGCGAGGACUCCCCCUGCACAACGUCUUCAUGUUGCCAGCCGUCCUGCUGCACCUCCUCCCCCUGCCAGGAAGACUGCUGUACCCCUGUGUGCUGCAAGCCCGUUAGCUGCACCCCUGUGUGCUGCGAGGACUCCCCCUGCUCAGCCUCCUCCUGCUGCCAGCCCAGCCCCUGCUGCAGACCCUCCUCCAGUCUAUCCCUGCUCUGCCGCCCCGUGUGCCCCCGCCCCGCCUGCUGCGCCCCUGCCUCCCCCUGCUGCACCCCUGCCUCCCCCUGCCGGCCCAGCUGCUGCCGCCCGGCCUCCUGCGUGUCCCUGCUCUGCCGCCCUGCGUGCAGGCCCGCCUGCUGCGCCCCUGCCUCCUCCUGCUGCCGCCCGGCCUCCUGCGUGUCCCUGCUCUGCCGCCCUGUGUGCCCCCGCCCUGCCUGCUGCACCCCUGCCUCGGGCCAGGAGUGUUGCCGCUGA